AUGCAUGCAGUGUGAAGUGGGUGUCUCUCGGCUGGACUGACCAAUCACAGCAGACACCGGCUCACCGUGACACUCUCCACGAGAGACUGUCUGAGACCUGUAGCUGAUGCAAUACUGAUGGUGGACGAAGGUGUCUGUGCAGUGAUAAACAUUUACACCUGAUCCUGUUAGACUCUGAUGUAGUUUUAGGAGCAAACCGGUUCCCUUACCCGUUUCUUUCCCCUUUAUUCUAGAGGAUUAGGGCAGUGGUAUAAAAGUGAGUAGAAGAUGCGGUUCUGUGUAAGAGCUCUGAGUGGGGCGGCGCAGCGGGUUCUCCUGGCUCCAGUCUGUGGCUUUCAGCCUCACACUGUUGUAGCUCGCAGUGUCAGUUUCUCUCCGGGCCAAGUCACAUCCAAUGACAGUUUUCACUCAGUGUCCUCUGGAUCGGAUCAUCCCAAAGUUCUCAUUACCGGGGGUCUGGGUCAGCUGGGAGUGGGUCUAGCCAAACUGCUCAGGAUGCAGUUUGGAAAAUAUAAUGUAAUUCUGUCUGAUAUCAGGAAACCCCCAAAUCAUGUUUACCAAAGCGGUCCCUUUAUAUAUUCCGACAUUUUGGACUACAAAAACUUGCGUGAGAUUGUUGUAAACAACCGCAUCACUUGGUUGAUACACUACAGCGCCCUUCUGAGUGCAGUCGGAGAGGCCAAUGUGUCCCUCGCUCGUGACGUCAACAUCACUGGGUUGCACAACGUUCUUGACAUUGCCGUCGAACAUGGGCUCCGUCUUUUCAUCCCCAGUACUAUUGGAGCCUUUGGCUCCUCCUCCCCUCGUAACCCCACCCCUGAUCUGUGCAUCCAACGACCACGAACCAUUUACGGAGUGUCCAAGGUUCACGCUGAGCUAAUGGGAGAGUAUUACCAUCACAGGUUUGGUCUUGACUUCCGCUGUCUCAGAUACCCAGGAAUCAUUUCUGCAGACUCUCAACCUGGUGGAGGAACUACAGACUAUGCUGUCCAGAUCUUCCACAAUGCUGUAAAAACGAGUAAAUUUGUGUGCAAUCUGAGGCCUGACACAAGACUCCCCAUGAUGUUCAUUGAGGACUGUCUGAGAGCCACACUGGAGGUUCUGGAAGCUCCUGCUGAGAUACUUAGUAUGCGCACAUACAACAUCAGCGCCAUGAGCUUCACUCCAGAGGAGCUGAUUCGAGAAAUCAGGAGGCACCUGCCAGACCUGCAGGUCACAUAUAAGAUUGACCCAGGUCGACAGGCCAUUGCUGACAGCUGGCCAAUGAUCUUGGAUGACGCCAGUGCCCGCAGUGACUGGGGCUGGAAGCACGACUAUGGUUUGCCAGAGCUGGUUCAGACGAUGCUUAACUUUACUGGAUCAGACUCCAGAAUGUCUCAAGCAAACUAAGCACCAUCUGCUAUUAUGUGUUUGAGGUUUUUGGGACCUAAUGGAAGGGAUGGUAAUUGGGCCCUGUAGUGCAUUAAGAUUAAUGAAGGUCAAACUUUCUGCCUUUUUCCAUAUGUAGCAUGUAUUUGCACAGUUUUUCCUGUUAAAGAUAAACCAAAGAUUUACAAGGUUCAAUUAUAUAAGCUUAAAUUGUGACAUUUAUAAUGUUGCAAAAAAAUUGCUAUUUCAAAUAAAUGUUGUUCUUUUGAACUUACCAUCAAAACAUUGAUAAUAAUAAAAUGUUUAUUGAGCAGCAAAUCAGCAUAAAGCUGUUAUUUUAAAUUGUAAUAAUAUUUUAUGAUAAUACUAUUUUUACUGUAUUUUUGAUCCAAUACAUACAGACUUGGUGAGCAUAAGGGACUUCUUUGAAAAACAUAAAAAUUGUACUGACCCCAAACUUUUGAACGGUAGUGUAUACCUAUGAGAUAUUGUGUGCUUGUGUAAAAGAAAUGUUAUAUCAUAGUAUAAAAUGACAAUCAUAAUUAUGGUGCUAUUUCUAAAGGGCAUUAUUAGCCUCUUAGUUUUAUGAAAAUAACCUCAUCAUGGUCCUUAUACUGUAGCUGAAUUCCAUUGUUUUUUUGUUUGUUUUUUACUUGUGAGAACAAUUUAUUUAAUUAUACAGACUUGACAUUUGUAACUCUGUAAUAUAUAUAUUUAUGUAUCUGUGGUGUUUGGUUUUAGUUGUUAAUGUUAAGCUGUAAAAGGAUUAGUGAUUAAAUUAAUUUAGUAGCA